AUUUUGAUAUAGAGGGCGCUAGAGCAAAGAUGGCGGCCUCCAUGAGACAGGCGAUGUGUUUGCUUCGCACGAGAUUGUUCCUUCAGUCUGCGCUUCAUUAUCGAAUUCCUCCUUCACAUUAUCUUCCUUUUCAAAGUGCAGAUGGAACCCUCAACUUGUGGAAAAUUUCUGCUUUAACGUAUGCGAAAAAAGCAGGUAAAGGUUCCAAAUCAGUGGAACCCAAAGAGUUGAUGGAAGUCAACGCCGACCCCGAUUACCUGGUGAGCCACUGCUCCGGGUCGAACUACUUCAAAGAGGGUCAGGACGUCAAGCUGGGGGCGGAUGAGGACUACCCGGAAUGGCUGUGGGAUCUUCACAUCGGGCCCCCUCCGACGUUGGAAGAGCUGUCCCCGGAUACGCCGCAGUACUGGCGCAAGCUGAGAAAGAUGCACAUGCGGAGGAACAAUCGGCUGGCCCAAACGAAGAAGUUUUAGAGACUCCUGGGAAAAAGUGCUUUGACUUGUGAUGGACUUGUGAGGACUUGUGAUGGACUUGUGAGGACUUGUGAUGGACUUGUGAGGACUUGUGAUGGAUUUGUGAGGACUUGUGAUGGAUUUGUGAUGGAUUUGUGAGGACGUAUGGUGGAUUUGUGAGGGAUUUGUGAGGACGUGUGAUGGAUUUAUGAGGACUUGUGAUGAACUUGUGAGGACGUGUGAAGACUUGUGAGGACCAGUGAGGAUUUGUGAGGACGUGUGAUAGAUUUGUGAGGGAUUUGUGAGGACGUGUGAUGGAUAUAUGAGGACUUGUGAUGAACUUGUGAGGACGUGUGAAGACUUGUGAGGACCAGUGAGGAUUUGUGAGGCUUCUUGGAGGACUUGUGAGGACUUGCAAUGGAAUUGUGAGGACUAGGACUCGUCAAAUCCCACAUGUACAAUCUAGCAGUGUUUGAAGAGGAGUUUGGUUCGCGUAGGUUGAGGCUGUGUUUUUCUGACAACAGUGAAAUAUUCACAGCAUCAGAAAUUGUGUCCAUUCGCAGGUAGACAGAAUACUCCAUUUGCUAAACUUGUACAUGAAUUCAACAGGAGAGAAGUGACGUGAUACUGAUGUUGUUUCCUGUGCGUGCUUAUAAUUAACGAACGAAGGCAUCAGUAGUUUACUGCUUAUAGAUUAAGGCUGCCCUCAGGUCAACCUUGCGACGACACAGAACAGUGGACGACUGAACUUUUCAGGAUCAAGCUGCGCCUGAGCUAUGACCAUUGGAAACGUAUCAGACUAUCAGUCGCCGACCUGAGUGAAACUGCGAUAUUACGACGAUCAGCAUCAUUCGACAAUCGGCAUCAUUCAGCGCUAAAACAAAAUCAACAGUCGCAAGAGUAGUAAAAUUUCAACGUCUAAACCGUGAUCGUACACGGUCCCGACAGGCAGGAAUCAAUCGCAGCCGGCUUAUGCGGCGUUUAAUACAACGUUAUGCGCGCCUCUGGAUCAUCUUAUUUCAUUGUGUAGCCAAUCAGUGAGCGGCAAAAAUGGUCGAAUGAACAGACGUGGCCAUGGAAGAUCGUUUGAUCGUUAUUAACACACGCACCACCAUUUUGAAGAAGUCACAUGAUCAUGUUUGUGCCGCGGGAUCGUCGUCGCGUCGUGGGUGACGUGAGCAUGGUUACGAUUACUUUGUGUCGAGAUGCCGCUUUUUACACGAGAAUCACACGACUUCUCAGUUUUGUGACCCGAGCAUUUUUGUUGGCUUGAUACCGAUGGUUCUGUCGCAGUGCAAGCAAGUCGCAGGUCGACCUAAUGCCGCAGUUAUAAUUAUGGUUAAAACCGUUUAGGGGCCUGGUUGAUGGUAAUGGCCCAGUUGAAAGUAUUCUGUUUAAUUAACCUGUUUAACUGUUAAAAUUAACCAAUACCACAAACAAUUGCACAGGGAAGACAUUUUAAUCUUCACAAUAUGAUUUAUUUUUUAAUUUUUCGGUCAAAUGUGGCAAUAACAAGUUUGAGGUCAGCAGCUUGACCGCACAAAAUCCAGGCAGGUCGGGUUAUCGUAAACACGCAAUUGAUUUUUUGGCUGUACUGUC